AUGGAAAAUUCUCCUUCAUCUCCACAAUACUCACCUUCAUCUCCUUUCUAUACACCAUCAUCAUCAUCGUCGUCGUACUCGCCGCCGCCAUCUCCCGAAUACUCACCAGAAUCAUCACCUUUAUACACUCCAACAACUUCAGAAUACUCACUACAGUCCCUUGAAGAUUACUUACGUGAUUCACCACCACCAUACAUGUCUCCCGAAUACUCACGAGAAUCACCUUUAUACACUCCUUCAACUCCAGAAUACUCACUACAGUCCCUUGAAGAUUACUUACGUGAUUCACCACCGCCAUACAUGUCUUCUGAAUACUCUCCGCAGUCGCCUUCAUAUACGCCUUCUUCACCAACUCCGGAAUACUUCAUAUACAAUCCCUUCAAGAUUACUUACUCGCCUCAAUCGCUGUACUAUACACCUUUGUCUCCUGAGUACUCGCCACAAUCGCCAUUAUGUACACCUGAGUACACGCCAGACUCUCCUGAGUACUCGCUUCAAUCGCCAUACUAUACACCUUUGUCUCCUGAGUACACGCCAGAAUCCCCUGAAUACUCACCAGGAUCGCCAUCAUAUACACUGAUGUCUUCUGAGUACACGCCAGAGUCUCCUGAGUACUCGGCGCAAUCGCCAUAUACACCGUUGUCUUCUGAGUACACUCUAGAAUCCCCUGAAAACUCACCAGGAUCGCCAUCAUAUAAACCGAUGUCUUUUGAGUACAUGCCAGAGUCUCCUGAGUACUCGCCGCAAUCACCAUACAAUACACCGUCGUCUCCUGAGUACACUUCAGAAUCCUCUGAAUACUCACCAGGAUCGCCAUCAUAUACGCCGAUGUCUUCUGAGUACACGCCAGAGUCUCCUGAGUUCAUGCCAGAGUCUCCUGAGUACUCGCCGCAAUCGCCAUAUACACCGUCGUCUUCUGAGUACACGCUAGAAUCCCCUGAAAACUCACCAGGAUCGCCAUCAUAUACACCGAUGUCUUCUGAGUACACGCCAGAGUCUCCUGAGUACUCGCCGCAAUCGCCAUACUAUACACCGUCGUCUCCUGAGUACACUUCAGAAUCCUUUGAAUACUCACCAGGAUCGCCAUCAUAUACACCGAUGUUUUCUGAGUACACGAAAGAGUCUCCUGAGUACUCGCCGAAAUCGCCAUACUAUACACCCUCGUCUCCUGAGUACACUUUAGAAUCCUCUGAAUACUCACCAGGAUCGCCAUCAUAUACACCGAUGUCUUCUGAGUACACGCCAGAGUCUCCUGAGUACUCGCCGAAAUCGCCAUACUAUACACCGUCGUCUCCUGAGUACACUUCAGAAUCCUCUGAAUACUCACCAGGAUCGCCAUUAUAUACACCGAUGUCUCCUGAGUACUCGCCAGAGUCACCUCCAUACGUGCCGUCUUCUCCAAUGUACGUGCCACAAUGGCCUGCUUCUUCAGUGUCUUCGAACUCACCAAGGUUUUCGACAUGGUCUGACAGCUAAACUCCUGCAUCUA